UGUCUUUCCUCCCCCACUCCAGGUGAGAGGUGGGUGGCGCUGCGUGGGCGAGGACCGACAGGGUGUUAGGGGCUCCCGGGUCUAGGUCGUGCCUCCUGCCCUCUCCAGCAGGGUUGGCUGAGGUGUCCCUGUGGUGUCCCUGUCGGUAGGAGGGCUGGCUAGCAGCUUUCGUCCUUAAUCCUUUGAGUCUGUUUUAAUUGUAGGGAGUUUGGGAAGCAGAUUUUUCUGCUUUUUGGAUUUUUUUUUUUUUUGGUGGAUUUUUCUCUCCAGGAGGAAGUGGAGGAAGAAUCUUUCCUUUUUCCCCUCCUCCUCCAUUUGCAUUCUUUGUAAGGGCUGUCUGCCUGGUGCUUUUUGUCCCGGAUUAGUCUUGUUCAAGGAUGGAGAUUCCCAGGUUUGAAGACUGUAGCUUUUGGCUUCCAUUAAGCGAAUUCGCUAACCUUUAAAGGGAGAAGUUAAUUUUUGCCUGCAGUUAAUUCCCGAGAGAUAGUAUACCCUCACUAGAUGAAUUAAUGCACUUAAAAUUGUAACUUAGUUGCAUAUGGUAGAUAGGGUGACUUGUAUAUGAAUUUUUCAGAUGGAGCUGCUUUUUUUUUUUUUUCGGAUUAGAAGUAAUGAAUUAUUUUGGAAUUAAAUGAUGCAGCCGAGAAAGCAUCUGGUACUGAGUUUUCGAUGGGAUGAGGUGUUUUAGGUUCUUUGUAUUCUGAUUUUGAGUAGCCUUUCGUUUUUCUGAGGGAUGUUGUUGCUUCUCUCCCUACUUCUCACGUUGGCUUUGUGUUCGAAACUAGGGUUCUUCUAGUUAAAUAAGUGUCAGCCUUUGGUAAAGUGAAUUCAGUUUAAGGUUAAGAAACUAGUUUCAACCUGACCCUUUGGCCUCUGGAGCAAAUCCAAAUUUAACUCUGCCCAAUUCCCCUUCUCUUUUUUCAGAUUCAUUAAAAGAAGAACAAACUAUAAUCCUUGAAGAUAACUGGGCAAUUUUUCCUUAAGUAUCAGUUUUGAUUAUAGAAGUUCAGGUGAAAUCGAAGGCUCUUCUCGCUGGUGUGAGGAUUCGGACAAGUCUUCAGUUUGCCAGCACAGACUGAUACCAUCAUUUUAGAGGCCAUGAUAUCCCUCAACACUUUAUUGGUGUCAGUGGCAAAAUUAAAUCAACUUGUAUCGUUUUGACUUGUGAUUGUAGAUUUUAAUAGCAAAGUAAUGGCCCAUGUGUUUUACUAAAAGAACCAAACUAGACAGUUGUGUUGAACCUGGAUAUCUUGGAUUGAGAAAUUGAUAACCUUAUCUUGUUAGAUGUUACGUGAAGAACUGAAGAAAAGAAAGGCUUCCUCAGACGUAUACCUCUCACAAUUCUUUGUUAUUAGAGGCAAAAAAAAUUUUAUAGCAUUGGUAGUGAAAUCACACCAUGGUUUAAGCAGACUAAGGCCAAAGUCACAGGAUUUGUAGAGUGAGGCGAUCGCUGUGGAAAUUUUCCUGUUGGUUACCAUCAGUAUUUGUGAACAUUACUUUUCUCCAAAUAAGCAAUUAAUUAACAAUGCAAAUCUCAGACUUCCUUUUUUAACUCGAUUGUGUCUCCAUGGAAAACCUACGGACAAACUUCCCCCCGGUUCAGGGCUCAAAUAAAAAACUGAAUGGGAUGGCAGAUGAUGGCAGCCCCCCCGUGAAGAAGAUGUUGACGGACAUUCAUGCAAAUGGGAAACUGAUGAGCAAGGUGAAGAAGGAGCACCUGGAGGAGUGUGGAGAGGCAGCGAUGGAGACAGAGGCGGGCGAGCAGGGCAAGCGAACCUGUGCUUCCAUGCCUGAGUCUUUAAACCUCAAUCCAAGUUUGAAACACACGUUGGCACAAUUCCAUUUAAGUAGUCAGAGCUCUCUGGGUGGCCCGGCAGCCUUUUCUGCUCGUUAUGCCCAAGAGAGCAUGUCACCUACAGUAUUUUUGCCUCUGCCAUCACCUCAGGUUCUUCCUGGCCCACUGCUCAUCCCUUCAGAUAGCUCCACAGAACUCACCCAGACUGUGUUGGAAGGCGAGUCAAUUUCUUGUUUUCAAGUUGGAGGAGAAAAGAGACUCUGUUUGCCCCAAGUCUUAAAUUCUGUUCUCCGAGAGUUUUCACUUCAGCAAAUAAACACGGUGUGUGACGAAUUGUACAUAUAUUGUUCAAGGUGUACUUCAGACCAGCUUCAUAUCUUAAAGGUCCUGGGAAUUCUUCCAUUCAACGCCCCAUCCUGUGGGCUGAUCACGUUAACGGAUGCACAAAGACUGUGUAAUGCCCUUUUGCGGCCAAGAACUUUUCCUCAAAAUGGCAGCCUGCUUCCUGCUAAGCAUUCAUUGGCCCAGUUAAAGGAAACUGGCAGUGCCUUUGAAGUGGAACAUGAAUGCUUGGGCAAAUGUCAGGGCCUGUUUGCACCCCAGUUCUAUGUGCAGCCUGACGCUCCGUGUAUUCAGUGUCUGGAGUGCUGUGGGAUGUUUGCACCUCAAACGUUUGUGAUGCAUUCUCACAGAUCACCUGACAAAAGAACUUGCCACUGGGGUUUUGAAUCAGCCAAAUGGCACUGUUAUCUUCAUGUGAACCAAAAGUACUUGGGGACACCUGAAGAAAAGAAGCUGAAAAUAAUUUUAGAAGAAAUGAAGGAGAAAUUCAGCAUGAGAAAUGGGAAGAGAACUCAACCUAAGGCAAAUGCGCCAUCAGGAAUGGAAUUACAGUCAUGGUAUCCUGUUAUAAAGCAGGAAGGUGACCAUGUUUCUCCGACACAUUCAUUUCUACAUCCCAGCUACUAUUUAUACAUGUGUGAUAAAGUGGUUGCCCCCAAUGUGUCGCUUACUUCUGCUGUAUCCCAGUCCAAAGAGGUUGCAAAGACAGAGGCAAGUAAGACUGCAUCACGACUGCCAGAGAAACAGCACGCUGGUGGGAAACCUCAAAAACCAGCGUCUUAUCCCGAUGUCUCACUUGAGGAACAGGAGAAGAUGGAUUUGAAAAUAAACCGAGAAUUAUAUGGUCGUUCAGAUCGAUCAAUCUUAAAUAGUUCUCCGAAUAAGAAGAAAUCUGACUCUGCCACUUGCAACUUAGUCAGAGACACAAGCAACGUGGGAGUUGACCGUGAUGCUACAGCCUCAUCCCUGCUUCUUGUCAAAGAUGUCACUUGUGAAGAUGAUAAAGGAAAAAUCAUGGAAGAAGUAAUGAGAACUUAUGUAAAACAACAGGAAAAACUGAACUCAAUUUUGCAAAAGAAGCAACAACUUCAGAUGGAAGUGGAAAUGUUGAGUAGUUCAAAAGCGAUGAGGGAACUCACUGAAGAACAGCAGAAUCUGCAGAAGGAACUGGAGUCGUUACAGAGUGAACAUGCUCAGAGAAUGGAAGAGUUCUAUGUUGAGCAGAAGGACUUAGAGAAAAAAUUAGAGCAGGUCAUGAAGCAGAAAUGUACCUGUGACUCAAAUUUAGAGAAAGACAAAGAGGCCGAAUAUGCAGCACAGUUGGCCGAACUGAGACAGCGACUGGACCUUGCUGAGGCUGAUAGGCAAGAACUCCAAGACGAACUCAGACAGGAGCGGGAGGCGAGACAGAAGUUAGAGAUGAUGAUCAAAGAGCUGAAGCUGCAAAUUUUGAAAUCAUCGAAGGCUGCUAAAGAAUAGAAGCUGUUAAAGAGGUCGUCUGUGUAUUACUGACGGGGCUUUUGUCUGUUUAUUGCUUGAUUUAGUAAUUGAAUUCUGUGCAACUUUUCUGCAUGACAGUAGCUAGGCAUUCUGUUCAUUUGUAGAUUGCAGAAAGUGAAGAGAUGAUAUAUCAGUACACAUUUUUUUUACAUUUUCCAAAUGAAUGAAAAUGUAUGUUUCUUUGUACUUUUUUUUCCUUCAGUUUAGUAACAAUACAGAAUUUUAAGUAGUAGACAUCCUCCUAUAUUUCUUAUGUAAACUUAGCAAUUGUACACUUUGUAAAAGCUGCAUUAUAUGGUGGAAAAUAGCUGUGGACAGUUUUGUUAUCCAUAUUUCAGAUUCAAUUUUAGAUACUAUGGUGGCAUUGUCUUUCACAUAUAUAAUAUAGAACUACUCAAGGAGUUGAAUCUCCGUUUUUCUCAUUAACACAAUCUCCUUUGUAGGAUGGUGUAGUGUUUUUAUUAUUAUACAUAAAUGCUUUCAUGUUUAGAUUGUGGAAUGAGUUUCCUCCGUCCACAGUGCUUUUCUAAAUGUCUCUUGGGAGGGAUUUUGCGAAUGAAGGAGUGGCAUAACCUAUGGAUGUAAUUGGAAAGAGUAACAUGCUUUGUUGUGCAGUGCUGCUAAACAUAAAGAAGUGGUUGUAAU